UUGGCUGAAUUGUAAUGUUACCAAUUUUCCUUUCAACUAGAUAACUUUAAUGAUUGGUAGUAAAUAUGGUAGAAACGGCAUCGUUACCCACAGUAGAUAUGAUGGGGUGCGGGAUAGAUGUUGAAAACAUCGAUGAAGAGAGUAUGGAACCUGUCGGAUAUGAUGUUUACAAAGCAUUUUCUACCGUUGGCUUCGUUUAUCUACGCAACACGGGUGUAAGCAUGCGUGACGUUGAGGAAACCAUGAAAAUAUCAAAACAAUUUUUUGAUCUCAGUCCUGACGUCAAAUGCAAAUAUGUUUACGAUGAAAACUACAGCGGAUAUCAUAAGCUUUAUACCGAAGGCACGAACGUAAAUCGACCAAAAGACAUAAAAGAGGCCUACAAUGUUGGAGGAAUGGCACUCGCUUCGGGAAAGGGACAUUGGCCAGAUGCAGAAGUUGAAGGUUUCUCUGAUACGAUGGCAAAGUUCUAUGACAUCUGUCGUCGCUUAACAUUGAGAAUACUCGAACUAUUAGCUGUUGGAAUGAAAAUAAAAGACAAGGAAUAUUUCAUUAAAUGUCACUCUAGAAUCGGAAAAGAAAGAAAUUAUACAAUACUAAGAACAUUGUAUUAUCCUCCUAUUCCCGAUGACGUGAAACCAGGACAGAUUCGUCUCGGUGAACAUUCUGACUACGGGACAAUAACUCUGCUAUUUCAAGACCAUAUCGGGGGACUUGAGGUCGAAAAUCUAGACGGUCAAUAUAUCCCAGCGAAUCCGAUACCAGGAACCGUAAUUGUCAAUAUCGGUGAUUUGUUGCAAUUCUGGACAAAAGGAAAGUUGAAAUCAACGAAACAUCGUAUCAGAAACCCGAUCGACGAAGAAAAACGUAAAAGUUUUCGCCAGUCAAUUGUUUACUUUGCAAAUCCAAAUUUCGAAGUCAAAUUAUCAGAAAUUGAAUACGAUGGAUGUCCCGUGAUCGAAAACCACACACCGGUUGAAUGUGAAUUUGAUGAGAAUCUAACCGCAGUCGAAUACAAUGAAAGAAUGCUGCGUAACACUUACAAAUAAAACUUAUUUUUGUCGUGAAACUAAUGAUAACGGAGAGUUAUCAAUAAGGAUUCAGUGUUUAGGUGUAUUUUAUUUCAUUUCACAAAAGUUUAUUCUACUCUUCUCCAUUCUAUAAACUUGCUAUAUAUAUAUAGACUAUAUGAAAACUAUACAUGAGGAAUUUUGUGUAAAGAACGAAAUAAAAACUAAUGAGUGUUGUCGUCAAAAUAACGAUAAAUCUUUACGAUCUUUACGAGUAGGGAUAUUCUUAUAGCAGAAGUCCAGCUG